AUGCUCUGCACUCAUUCAGACCACAAGACACACGAUGUUGUUCCUCUGAAAGAAGAAUAUGAAGGAAAGAAGGCCGAGCUGGGGAAGACAGACACUGAAAUUCAGCAGAUGAUCCAGAAGAGACGACUGAAGAUUGAGGACAUCAAACACUCAGUGGAGCUCAGUAAGGACGAUGCAGACAGAGAGACAGCAGAUGGUGUUCAGGUCUUCACCGCUCUGAAGGAGUCUGUUGAGAGAAGCCAGGCCGAGCUCAUCGACACGAUCAAAGAGAAGCAGAGAAAGACAGAGAAACAGGCAGAAGGCUUCAUCAAAGAGCUGGAACAGGAAAUCUCUGAGCUGAAGAAGAGAAGCACUGAGGUGGAGCAGCUCUCACAGUCUGAAGACCACCUCCACCUCCUCCAAAGCUUCACCUCCCUGAACGCUGCUCCACCCUGCAAAGACUGGACGGAAGUCAGCGUCCGUCCAUCUUCAUAUGAGGGGACUGUGGUGAGAGCUGUGAAUCAGCUGGAGGAGACACUCAGUAAACAGAUGAAGAAGCUGUUUGAGGCUGAGCUGAAGAGGGUCCAGCAGUCUGCAGUGGAUCUGACACUUGAUCCUGAUACAGCACAACCCAAACUCAUCCUGUCUGAUGAAGAAAAACAAGUGAAACAUGGUGAUGUAAAGAAGAAUCUCCCAGACAAUCCAGAAAGAUUUGAUACUUGUGCCUGUGUUUUAGCAACGCAGAGUUUCUCUUCAGGAAGAUUUUACUACGAAGUUCAGGUUAAAGGGAAGACUGAGUGGGAUUUAGGAGUGGUCAGAGAGUCGAUCAACAGGAAGGGACACAUCAGACUGACACCUGAGAAUGGAUACUGCUCAAUACGUUUGAGGAAUGAAAAUGAGUACAAAGCAUGUGCUGGCCCUGAGGUCCGUCUCUCUCUGAAGUCUCGGCCUGAGAAGGUGGGGGUGUUUGUGGAUUAUGAGGAGGGUCUGGUCUCCUUUUAUGACGUUGAUGCUGCAGAUCGUAUCUACUCCUUUACUGGCUGCUGCUUCACUGAGAAACUCUACCCAUACUUUUGGCCUGGUAAUAACAAUGCUGGUAAAAACUCUGCCCCUCUAAUCCUUUCCUGUCAGUCACACUGA